CGGCCGAUGCGCACGCGUCCCGGGAGGGGCGCGCGGGACCCGCCCGCGCCGCCACUGCGCAGCCUCCCGCGGCCUCCCCGCCCGGCGCAGCCUCCCGCAGCCUCCCCGCCGCCGCUCUCGCCCCGGCCGGCCAUGGCGCUCAACAAUUUCCUUUUCGCGCAGUGCGCCUGCUACUUCUUGGCCUUCCUGUUCAGCUUCGUGGUGGUGGUCCCGCUGUCCGAGAACGGCCACGGCUUCCGCGGCCGCUGCCUGCUCUUCACCGAGGGCAUGUGGCUGAGCGCCAACCUCACGGUGCAGGAGCGCGAGCGCUUCACGGUGCAGGAGUGGGGCCCGCCGGCCGCCUGCCGCUUCAGCCUGCUCGCCAGUCUCCUGUCUCUGCUGCUGGCCGCCGCGCACGCCUGGCGCACGCUCUUCUUCCUCUGCAAGGGACACGAGGGCUCCUUCUUCUCCGCCUUCCUGAACCUCCUGGUCGGCGCCUUCGUGGUCUUCCUGGUCUUCAUUGCCAGCACCAUCGUCAGCGUGGGCUUCACCAUGUGGUGUGACACCAUCACCGAGAAGGGCACCGUGCCCCACAGCUGUGAAGAGCUCCAGGACAUCGACUUGGAGCUGGGCGUGGACAACUCCGCCUUCUACGAUCAGUUUGCAAUUGCCCAGGUCCAGUUCCGGACCCCAGACUGGCCUCUGAAGGCCCUUGCUGGCCAUGGCUAGCCUGAGGACGCUUCUCCUGGCCAGGAGCCCUCCAAGGGUGCUGGACAUGGGUGGGCCUGAAUGCUCUUUGCUGAGAUGAACUGGAUCUGUCAAAGACAGCUUCAUGCAAAUUUAGUGACUGCAAGAGGCCUCAGGCCUAAUUUGUGCCAAUUGGAUUAAGGUGUGAGUGCAGUCUGAUGACAAAUACGCUCAAACGAGAAUCAGCUUAAUGUGGCUCAGGCCUGGUUCUGAUUAAAUUGUUUCUCCUUCAGCUGUUUGGAAA